AAACAUGAGACUUGGUCUCUAUGGUUACAGUACACUUCCCUUUUACGCUUUCAGAGGUAGAUUCCAGCCGCGAUGGAGCAGGCCUGCUCAAGUGACUGCCUUCCUGGAACAGUAUCCAAAGGAGCAAAGACCCAUGAAUAUUAUCAUACUUCAGAAAAUUUACCUACACGAUUUGACAAUCCAGCCCAAACAGACACCAGUGGUUCCCGAUGGUAUGUGGAGGAUCGUAACAGAGGAAACCCCGUGGUCACAUUUACUGGACCACUUGACUAUAAGCCAUAUAAGGCACCUUCUGGCUCAGAAUGGUUUCAAGGAUAUGGUGGAAAAAAUCAACAUCCUAUGUAUCGCACAUCAAAUUCCAACUAUGGAGCAAGAGCUCCCUCAGUCCACACCAUGCCAACACAGUUCCAUGCCAAGUCACAGAAAUUCUCUAUGCACCUAGGUAAAUGUGGUAUGUACCGUAACUGUUCCCUUAACACAGAAGUGGACAAGAGCAAGGUUUAAUAAGGAUACCACAGAUACCCUUCAAGUUUUCAGUGCAGUGCUUCACCACCAUGCAUUAUCUGUAUGGAGAAGCAAAUGUUGAAGAAAAACUUAAGAGUGUUUUUGGUUCUUUUUGCUGGUCAUAAUGUUCAGAUGUCCUGUUUCACUCAUUUUACCAUUUGAGUGCCAGUUCCAAUUCAUGGCCACCUUUAAGUGCACAGCACACACUUUACCGUGAAAUAUUUUCUAAGGCAAGUAAAAUAUUUCCCCACAAUCUGUGGAUUUCUGCCUUCAUUUUCUUAGAACAGUAUUGUUUUAUUUAUGGAAUGUAUUUAUUUCUAUUAAAGGUAAUUUUUGUAAGUGGUGGUAUGGGGAUAUUUUGAAGUAUUACAAGGAAUUUUAUUCCAGUUAUUAUUUUGAAAUAUUUAGUAAAUUAUUGCAGAGCACAGACUGUCUUGUCAUAAAUACCCAUGGACUUUAUUCCUCUUGUUCUGUCAUUGUAUAAGUCACUUCAAGAUCAUUAUAACAUAUGAAAUACA